GCAACAGUGCGUCGUGGUGGAAAGGGACGUGAACCGAGUUCCCACCGAGGCCGGCUUCCCCUCCUAUUCUUGGAGCCUUGGGGCUUCGGCAAGCGGCAAGCCAGUGUGAACUUGGCUGGCCGGACUCCUGUAUAAAGAGACCCAUCGGUGCGGGAAGACCGGCAGCAGCAAGGACGGCAGCCAUGGGCUCUAAGGACGGACACCCCGCCACCGCCGCCGACGCCGACGCAGACGCCGUGUACCUCCACGGCAUCCUGGAGGUGACGGUGUUCGAGGCAGACCACCUCCACAACGCCAUUCAUGGCCAGAUCAUCAAGGCGACGGAGAGUCUGGAGCAGUCGCUGGGCGUGCACUGCCUCCAGCGGAGCAGGCUGUACGUGGACAUCGACGUCGGCGCGGCGCGGGUGGCGCGCACCUGCGAGGUGGAGCCCCACGGCAACACCCCGGUCUGGAACCAGUCCUUCCGCCUGCACUGCGCCUACCCUGCCGCCGCGAUCACCUUCACCGUCAAGAGCCAGCACCUCAUCGGCGCCAGCGUCCUCGGCCACGGCUCCGUGCCCACGGCCAGCGUCGCCGCGGGGGAGCCCCUCGAGCUCUGGGUCGGCCUCCGCGGAGGCGAUCGCGCGCACGGGACGCACACCCCAAGCCUCCGCGUCUGGCUGCAGUUCCUGGACGUCGAGCUUGACCCGUGCUGGGACGCCGGCAUACGGCUGCCCGGCUACGCGGGGAUCAGGCCGGCCUUCUUCCCGGAGCGGACCAACUGCAGCGUCACGCUGUACCAGAACUCGCACCUGUCGAACGGGUUCGACCCGUCAGUUCGCCUCGACGGCGGGCGGCCGUACCGGCCGGCGCGGCUGUGGGAGGACCUGUACGUGGCGAUCCGUGACGCGCGCCACUUCGUGUACGUGGCCGGGUGGUCGGUGAACACGGCGAUCACGCUCGUGCGCGACGCGAGCCGGAUGAUCCCCGGCGCGGAGGGCGUCACGCUGGGCGAGCUCCUCAAGCGGAAGGCUGACGAGGGGGUGACGGUGCUGGUGAUGCCGUGGCAGGACAAGACGUCCGUCCCGUUCCUCGGCAACACUGGCGUGAUGAAGACGCACGACGAGCAGACCCGGGCGUUCUUCCAUGGCACCAACGUGCGGUGCUUCCUCUGCCCGCGCGACGCCGACGCCGCGCUCACCCUGGUGCAGAGCAUCGAGAUCAGCACCGAGUUCACGCACCACCAGAAGACGGUCACCCUCGACGCCGCCACGCCGGGCACCGCCGACGGCCGCCACGUCGUCAGCUUCAUCGGCGGCAUAGACCUCUGCGACGGCAGGUACGACGAUGAGAACCACACGCUGUUCCGGGAGCUCGACACGACCUACUCCCGCGACUUCAUGCAGAACAACUUCAGGCACGCCUCGCUGCGGUACGGCGGACCGAGGGAGCCGUGGCACGACGUGCACUGCAGGCUCGAGGGCCCUGCUGCGUGGGACGUGCUCGCCAACUUCGAGCACCGGUGGAAGAAGCAGGCGCCGGGGAAGAUACGGGGCUGCCUGCUCGACCUCAGCCCGGAGACGUUCCCCGAUCCCUGCACCUUCGACAACGACGACGGCACCGGCUCGUGGAACGUGCAGGUGCUCCGGUCUGUCGACGACGCGUCGGUGGUCGGAUUCCCCACCGACCCGGGCCAGGCCGCCGCGAUGGGGCUGACGAGCGGCAAGAACCUCACCAUCGACCAGAGCAUACAGAUCGGCUACGUCGAGGCCAUCCGCCGCGCGCGGCGGUUCAUCUACAUCGAGAACCAGUACUUCCUCGGCGGGUGCGCGUCGUGGGCGGAGGACCGGGACUCCGGCUGCCUCAACCUGGUGCCCGUCGAGAUCGCGCUCAAGGUCGCCGCCAAGAUCCGGCGCGGCGAGCGGUUCGCCGUCUACGUCGUGACCCCGAUGUGGCCCGAGGGGGAGCCGGCGAGCGACUCCAUCCAGGCCAUCGUGCGGUGGAACCGGCUGACCGUGGAGAUGAUGUACGGCAUCGUCAUGGAGGCGAUCGACGACGCCGGGCUACGCGGCCAGGCGCACCCCUGCGACUACCUCAACUUCUUCUGCCUCGGGAACCGGGAGGCGCGGCGCCCCGCCGAGUACGUGCCGCCGGCGAAUCCGGAGAAGGGCACGGACUACUGGCGCGCGCAGGCGAGCCGCCGCUCGCCCAUCUACGUCCACGCCAAGCUCAUGAUCGUGGACGACGAGUACGUCAUCGUGGGGUCGGCGAACCUGAACGAGCGCUCGCUGGCGGGCAACCGGGACAGCGAGAUCGCGCAGGGGAGCUACCAGCCGGCGCACCUGAACGGGCCGGGCGGCGGGCGCGCCCGGGGGCUCGUGCACGGGUUCCGUCUGUCGCUGUGGCACGAGCACUUCAUGAGCCACAUGUGCGCCGGCGCCGGCGCCGGGGAGGACGUAUUCUUGGAGCCCGAGAGCGCGGAGUGCGUGCGCGCGGUGCGGCGCGCGGCGGAGGCGCUGUGGGACGCGUACACGCGGGACAGGGUGGAGGACCUGCGAGGGCACCUGCUGCCGUUCCCGAUCAGCGUGUCGGAGUUCGGGGAGGUGGCCGCCCUGACGGCGGACGGCUGCUUCCCCGACACCAGGGCGCCGGUGAAGGGGAGGAAGUCGGCCACCCUUCCGGCCAUCCUGACCACUUGAGUCCGUUCUUUCUGCCACGUGAGGAUUACGUAAAGACGAACCUUAUUCAUAUGAUUUAAAUGAUUUUAUAUUAGCAUGCCAC